AUGAAGUUUUCAGCAAUCCUUACUGUCCUUUUUACCAUAGGAACUCAAGCAGCCAUUAUUCCUAAUAGAGGUGUUCAAUUGAGUUUUGACACUACUGAUUCCUAUCUUGCUAACAGACCUUUGUCUUCUCCAAAUAACAAUUGUCCUAUUGGAUGGUAUCCUAGUGAAAAUAUUCUCUUUACAGGCUUUUCUCUUCCAGAUGGUCGCAUUAGAGUUGGAGGUGUCGAUACCUGGUUGACUUUUGAUUCUGCCGGACGUCUUGUUGUUGCAUCAGGAACUGGUCCUGCUAAUUUUGGUGUUGAUGAAAACUAUCAUCUUAGAUUUGACAACUCUGAUUCCUUUAAGGUUGGAAAUGAGGGUGGAAACUAUAUUGUUUAUGGUCCUAGCGCAACCCUUCCUUCGACUUCACAGCCUAGUCCUCAAGUUAAAAUCCGCGUCAAUUACAGUUAA